AUGGCUGAAAUUUGUGCACCUUACAUCUUCGCUCCACAAUUUUAUUACUCCGAUGAAAAUUUCUCAUUGAUUAUCGAAGAUUUAACCAGUUCAGGGUUCAAAUCAGCCGAUCCCAUUGAGAAACUAGAUUUCCAACAGUGUCAACUCGUAUUUAAAAGCUUAGCUAAACUUCACGCUCAUUCGGUGAAAUUACACAAGACGUCCAAGUUACCCGAUAUUUUCCAUAAAGAUACGUUUUUCUUAUCGCAAGAUCCGACUUCUAGUCAUCUAAUCCCUGUAUUUGCCAAAGCUUUCGAUUGCUUUCUACGGACCUUUGACCCGACCCUGAUCCAGAAAUAUAGCAAGAAAUUGUACAACUUUCGGACCAAUAUGUUGAAAAUAAUCGCCUCCGAAGUACGAGGAAAUGACAAAAGUUUCAAAGUAUUGAAUCACGGUGAUAUCUGGUCUAAUAAUAUCAUGUUCAAGUACGAUAAAUACGGAUCUACGGAACAACUCAGACUGAUCGAUUUCCAGCUCUGUCGCCGGGCUAGUCCCGCCUUCGAUAUUAUUCACUUCGCAACAACCACGAUGAAAUUUCAAGUAUUCGAUAAGUAUUUCGAUCUGCUACUGGAAAUAUAUUUGGAAACUUUGAACAAUACGUUGAAGUAUUUCAAGUGCCCCACGUAUCGAAUGGAAGAUCUCAAGAAAGAUAUCGAUAAUAUCAGCGGAUUCACUAUGUUGGGGUUUACUGUGCUGACACCUGUUAUAAUGGCUGAACCUGAUGAUCCGGUUGAUUUGGCCAGUAUUUUGGAGAAUCCUUUGUUCGAAUAUAAAGCUUUGGAGAAAGCUUACCGGAGACGUUGUUAUCAGGAUUUUGCUCGACAAUGGUUCAUGUAUUUUGUUAAAAAAGGUGAGUAAAAUAUUUUCACCAAU